UGGCGCCGCGGCCCUUCCGACUUCCCUGUGGUGCGGGAGCGCCGGAAAGGAGGCGAGCGAGGCCUGCGCUUUGCGGCAGCGUCGUGCGCGCGCCCGGUGAGCCCGCGCCAUGGCGGACAUGGAGGACCUGUUCGGGAGCGACGUCGAUUCCGAGCCCGAGCAGAAAGAUUCUGACUCUGGAUCUGACUCUGACUCUGAUCAGGAGAAUGCUGGCUCUGGCAGUAAUGUUUCUGGAAGUGAGAGUGACAGAGAUGAUGACAGAGAGGCAAUAAAGCCCAGUAACAAAGAGUUAUUUGGAGAUGAUAGUGAGGAUGAGGGAGCAUCCCACCAUACUGGGAGUGACAUCCGAUCUGAAAGAUCAUACAAUCAGUCUGAAGCUUCGGGACAUUCUGAACAUGAAGAUAAUGACCAGUCAGAUAUAGAUCAGCAUAGUGGUUCAGAAGCUGCUGAUGACGAUGAUGACAGAGGACACGGAUCAGAUGAAGGUAGCCAUCACUCAGAUGCAGAUGGAUCUGAAAAAGCACAUUCGGAGGAUGAAAAAUGGGGCAAAGAGGACAAAAGUGAUCAGUCAGAUGAUGAUGAGAAGCUGCAGAAUUCUGAUGAUGAGGAAAGGCCGCAAAACUCUGAUGAUGAAGAGAAGGUUCAGAACUCUGAUGAUGAUGAAAGGCCUCCAAUUUCUGAUGAUGAGGAAAGACUACAAAACUCCGAUGAAGAGAAAAUGCAGAACUCAGAUGAUGAAGAGAGGCCUCAGCUCUCUGAUGAGGAGAAGAUGCAGAAUUCUGAUGAUGACGAAAGGGCCCAGCAUUCUGAUGGGGAGAAGAUGCAGAAUUCUGAUGAUGAUGAAAGGGCCCAGCAUUCUGAUGAAGAUCACAGGCGUUCAGAUGAUGAAGAGGAACAGGAGCAUAAAUCUGAGUCUGCAAGAGGCAGUGACAGUGAAGAUGAAAUUUUGCGAAUGAAACGUAAAAAACCAAUUGCAUCAGAUUCAGAAAUGGACAGCGAUGCAGAAGGACAGAAAGAUCACAGGGAUGCGAUAGAUUUGUUUGGAGGUGCAGAUGACAUUUCUUCAGGGAGUGAUGGGGAAGACAAGCCACCAACUCCAGGGCAACCUAUUGAUGAGAAUGGAUUGAAUCAGGAGCAACAGGAAGAAGAACCUAUUCCAGAAACGCGAAUAGAAGUAGAGAUACCAAAAGUAAACACUGACUUAGGAAAUGACUUGUAUUUUGUGAAGCUGCCCAACUUCCUCAGCGUGGAGCCCAGACCUUUUGAUCCUCAGUAUUAUGAGGAUGAAUUUGAAGAUGAGGAGAUGCUUGAUGAAGAAGGUAGAACAAGGUUAAAACUAAAGGUGGAAAACACCAUACGUUGGCGAAUGCGACGAGAUGAAGAGGGAAAUGAGAUUCGAGAAAGCAAUGCUCGGAUAGUCAAGUGGUCAGAUGGAAGCAUGUCGCUGCAUUUGGGCAAUGAGGUCUUUGAUGUGUACAAGGCACCAUUACAGGGAGAUCACAACCAUCUGUUUAUCAGACAAGGAACUGGUCUACAGGGACAGGCUGUGUUCAAGACUAAAUUAACCUUCAGGCCUCACUCUACGGACAGCGCCACCCACAGGAAGAUGACUUUGUCUCUUGCAGAUAGAUGUUCAAAGACCCAAAAAAUUCGUAUCUUGCCCAUGGCUGGUCGUGAUCCAGAGUCUCAGCGCACAGAAAUGAUUAAGAAAGAAGAGGAGAGAUUAAGAGCGUCUAUUCGCAGAGAAUCCCAGCAGCGGAGAAUGCGGGAGAAGCAGCACCAGCGUGGUCUGAGUGCAAAUUAUUUAGAACCUGAUCGUUAUGAUGAGGAGGAUGAAGGAGAAGAGGCAAUCAGUCUGGCAGCUAUUAAAAACCGCUAUAAAGGUGGUAUAAGAGAGGAACGUGCUAGAAUCUAUUCUUCAGACAGUGAUGAGGGAUCAGAUGAAGACAGAACGCAGAGACUACUCAAGGCAAAGAAACUAACCAGUGAUGAGGAAGGUGAACCUUCUGGAAAGAGGAAAGCAGAGGAUGAUGACAAAGCAAGUAAAAAGCACAAGAAAUAUGUGAUCAGCGAUGAAGAGGAAGAUGAUGAUUAAAAUUGGGGAAAGCUGAUGACUUUUUAUAUAUAUAUUGUACAGUUCUUUUACAGCAAAGAUGUAAGUAAACGUAAUGUGGUUAUUUUGAUAAAGGAAACUUACACUGAGAUCUGUAAGUCAGGUGUGAAUAAAUUUUUCUGAAUGACA